UAAAUACAUCGCAAGGAAAGGAGGGAAUGAGCCGGCAGCUUGCCACGUGGCAUGAAGUGCCACAGCCCAUCCUACGGAUUUUAUUUCUUCACCAAUACAGCCCAUCCAACUCCUCUUCUUCAUUCGCAUUCAGCGCUGGAAAAAGCACCCUAAACACCCAACCAUGCUGGUGGCAAUCUUCAUGUCCACCCACAAAAAUAGCAGGGAAACAAUGUCUAUUUAAGCCUUGUUGAGUAGCCCUACUGAGUUUUAUCAGCAGCAGAAGCAUUUGUAGCAACAGCUAUGGAGUGGUCAAAGAAGCGCAGCAGAGAUUUUACAGCAGAAGAAAUGGAAGCAGCAGAUGCUCUGCUAAGGCUUUGUCAUUUGGGUUGCUUUUAUGUUCAGUGGGCAGUCAAAAGGAGGCGAUCUGCUAUCGCUAGAGGUGGCUUUAGUGACACCCGCAUUACCCACCAAUCCAAACUGGCCAACAGAAGUCCCUCCACGCCGCUUGGCUUAUCCUGGAGUGAAAGUGAUGAGUUUGAUGAGAGAGCAGGUGGGCUACCGUCGUCUUCAAAGGAUAUGAGUGUAAAAAAUGUACCUCGGAGAAGGCUGCCUAAGAAAAAGACACAUAAGGAAUUGAAAGAAAUGGUGAAUACGCUCUCUUUAGAAAAGAGUAGAUUGAAAAAGGAGGAAGAGCAAUUGAUGAAAACCUAUCAGGAGCUACGAGAGUGGAACCAUCAUUUAAAAACAGAGUUAGCAGCCCGCCUUAAUCAAAGGCAAGAGCAAAAGCUGCUCUCCACUCCCCAGCCAACAUCAUCUGAUAGGGGUUCAAGCCAUGGUACAGAAGCUUUUGUUUCUGUUGAUGAUUCAUCGAGACAUAAUGAACUUAACUCAUCUGACCAUUUUGUUGGCACAUUUGCUUUAAGCACCGUGCAUGAUGAACCUCUGCAUGUUGGAGUGCCCAUUUAUCCACAUGAAAUUGAAUCUUCAUCCGGGUCUGAGAAUGGGGACUCUUCAAGACCUACCAAGGAUCCUUCCUGUUUAUUAGGCCUACCAGAUCUGAAUGCUCCUACCGAAGCUAUGUGUGAUACAGUUCCAAAUGGUUUUCAUGAAGAAAUGCUUCUUUCAAGGAAUAAAGUUGCUGUUGCUGCUGAAGCAAGGAGGCGGAGAAUAGAGCUUACCAGAGUCAAAUAUGCCCAGACACGUAAAGUUCGAUCAAGAUGAAUUAAGUGCAGGCUAUACUCGGUAUUGCAUUAAAAUUUCAGAUGUGAAAUCUGAUGUGUGCUUUAAAUCAUGCAUGCUUCUAUGUUGUCUUCUCCCAUCAACAAAAGAUUUUGCAGUGUAGGUUUAGUUCUUGGAUUGAUUCAGUAAGUACAGAGUUUUGUAGAAUGGAAUUAGUCUAUUAGAUGUCAAAGAAUGCUGCAUAGUUGGCUAAAUAGGAAUUAAAUUAAUUGAUUGAAAUUAGUCGGAAUUACUCAAGGACUUAGGCAGUAGACACAUUUGUUUAAUGCUGGUUAAGGUGGAUGGUAGCUGCAAAUGGGGCAAACCAUGCUGGUUCUGAGCUCUGCAUUAACUCGUUGAGAGAGGAUAUGCAUUCUCCAUAGAUAUCUGACAAAGCAUGCAUUUGAAUAUAUGAGGACAAAGUUGUCUUCAAUGAGCUGCCCAUCACAGUAUGUAGGUAGUAUCUAGCUAUGAAUUGCAAGUCUGGGCAUAAAUUUAUGCCCUGUAUACGAACUUUCUUCUCUCUCAGUCUUCUAGAGUCCAGAGGGUAUAAAUAAGAUAUUCAGAAUCCUUAAUUUGUAUUUUAAUUACCAAUUUUGUUUUUCACAACUUGUGAGAAAAUAUGGUCAUUGCAAGAGAGGCGCAAUUGAAAGUGUCGUAAGAAAUAAAGAGCGAAUGCACCUAGGAGAUUUGGUCUCCAUUUUAGCAUCA